CCGCCCUCAAUUGCUAAAUACACCGCCGCUAUGUCCCCAACAGCUGGAUCCGAUAAGAGCGAGUCUACUCUGGCGAGACUGUUAGGAUCAGGGUCUGCCGGUAUUGCUGAGCUUGCCGUCUUUCAUCCCGUCGACACAAUUGCAAAGCGGUUAAUGAGCAACCAUGGGAAGAUUGCCUCCGCCGCCCAAUUGAACACCGUUAUCUUCAAAGACAAAGCCACUGCGCCAGCCGGUCGCAAGUUCUUCUCCCUCUUCCCAGGUCUCGGAUACGCUGCUGGAUACAAGGUUCUGCAACGAAUUUACAAGUAUGGAGGUCAACCUUUCGUUCGGGAUUACCUGUCCAGGAACCACGGCUCUACAUUCGACAACACAUUUGGCAAGACGACCGGUAAGGCGAUGAUGUCUUCGUUGGCAGGAAGUGUAAUCGGUAUCGGCGAGAUUGUCCUCCUUCCCCUGGACGUCCUCAAAAUCAAGCGCCAAACAAACCCAGAGGCGUUCAGAGGGCGUGGUGUAGUCAGAAUUGUGCGGGAUGAAGGAUUUGGAUUAUACAGAGGCUGGGGCUGGACCGCUGCCCGAAAUGCUCCUGGAUCGUUCGCUCUCUUCGGAGGAUCAGCAUUUACAAAGGGAUACCUGUACGGCCUGACAGACUACAAUUCAGCAACAUGGCUACAAAACUUCGUUGCUUCCAUCGCAGGAGCUUCUGCCUCGCUCUUAGUCUCGGCUCCUCUUGAUGUUAUCAAGACCCGAAUCCAGAACAGGAACUUCGAGAACCCGGAGUCUGGGUUCAAGAUCAUUAGCAGCAUGAUGAAGAACGAGGGUCCUACGAGUUUCUUCAAGGGAUUAGUGCCAAAGCUAUUAAUGACUGGCCCAAAACUCGUAUUCUCCUUCUGGCUUGCACAAACCCUGAUUCCAGCCUUUGAUAUCGCCCUGGCCAAGAAAUAG